CUUCUGUUUUUACCACAACAUUUUGUUUUUCCAGACUGAAGAAUAUAGUCAACAAAAGGAAAUACAAAUUUGCCGGUAAAAUAAUUUAAUUGUUAUCCUAAUCGAUAUAAAAUAAUAGUGUAAGGGAGGAAAUUCGAGGUGAAACAAUUUGGUGAUUGAAGAAAAGAAACUAGACAAGGGUUGAAAUCGUUUGGUGAAGAAAUGAGGGCAUCCUUCUUGUUCAUUUUGAUUCUAAUCGAGGUAGCAAACAUUGUUCUUGGGGUAUCCGUGUGUCACCGUAAUAACACUGACUUUGCUGUCAGAGGCCAAAGUUCGGAGGAGAGCUUAGUCAGAAGAAGACGAUCAUCCCUCGUAUUUCCAAAGGGUAGCGCAUUCGUGACAACUGUGGCUAUGUUGAAAGCUAUCAUGGUUAAAGAACCACCGAAUUGGAAUUUGAUUUAUGAGUUUGACGUAAUAUGGCCGAUACCGAGCGAAGAAAAUUUUCGAAAGAAUUUCUAUAGAAAACCGUGGCUGAUAAAACGACGCCAUAGACGUGAAAUUUAUAAUAAUUUUGAAAUGGCAUUGAACAGUCAAAAUCUACCUGGACGUCAAUGCGUUCUUAGAACUAUUUGCGAGGCUGCUACGAUUCUGAAUCAACCGGGCUUGUCGUUGGUGGAAAAAGCGUUGAAAGUAAUCCUCGGCAAUUCCGAAGACGUUGAAGAUACCGAUUAUUACGAUUUGGCUUACCGAAAAGGAACUGGUUGUAAUCUCGAGUAUCCUUGUCCAUUUUCUUUUCUACAAUUAUUAUUAUAUUGCUUGUACUCCGGAAUUGUCAUAUAA